AUGGGAGAGGAGAGAUUAAAUGAAUCAACAUUGGAGUCACCCGAUGUAUAUUGUUUCCGGGAAUUUCGACUUCGAUUGAAAGAUGUGAAAGCAUGACGAAUCGAUCAGACGCGCUGAGGUGAUCAAGACUCAGCAUAGCAAACCCAGAAAAAAGGUUAUAACUAAGGUGUGCGUGUGUGUGUGUGUGUGUGUGUGUGUGUGUGUGUGUGAGAGAGAGAGAGAGAGAGAGAGAGAGAGAGAGAGAGAGAUCUGAUAAACUUCACAACUAAAAUCAGCGAAACGCAUAUUAAAGAAACUCCAUACUUGAAAAAGCACACCACUUUGCCUAGACCAAAUACUGACGAUUAUCAAAGAAAAAAGAAUUAAUAAGAACUGGUAAUGUGACCGUGUUAUCUAAGAUACUUUGUGUUUUGGUGGGUCUAUAAUCAUAUUACGGUUAUGGGCACCUCAAUUCGAUUUAAAUUCCGUGUUUGUAUGGGAAAUGGGAGAGAAUAUACAAGAAAGGAGUUAAAGUUUACGGAGGAAGGAGGAGACGUCGUGAAGGAGGAUCGGACCGGGAGAAGACGCGGCCGCAGUCGCAUGAGUGGCCGCGGGUACCGCAGGUCUUGAGGUGAGCCUUGUAGUCAGACUGGACGGCGUAGGCCUUGGAGCACUUGCCGCAGACCCAUUGCUUGUGGUUGGAGUGCUUCCGCCGGUAGUGCUUCUUGAUGCCGACUAGAUCGCCGAGGGCGUGGCAGGGGUCAUGGUGCAGACAACUGGGCUCCGGGCAGACGAAAACCCUCUUCUUCACCUCCGGUGUCUCCCUCUUAAGCAGCUUCCAUGGUACCUUGUGCCUCCGCCGGUGCAUCUGCAGGUUCUGGUCCCUCUGGAACCCCUGGCCACAGAUCUCGCACACGUACCGGUCCGACUCCAGCAGCGUCUUCGGCGACAGCGACACCACCUCCGCGUCAGGGUCUAGUGAUAUCAACAUCAGAUGGUCAGGAGAUGAUCAUCGGCGUCAUUAUUUUAAGUUCAACUGAACACCAAUCGAAUUCACAGCAAUUCGGGGAUUCAAGCGUGUGCAAGGAAGUACCUGGAGUUCCGGCUGGCCUACGCUUCCGUUUGCUGCCAACGCCGCCUCCGCCGUUGGUGGGGUUGUUGGAUGCAUUGUCCAGGCAGGCGAAGGGCUGAGGGGGCACGGAGGAGGAAGACAUGGUGGCGUUGUUAGUGUUGCCGAGGAGGGAUGAAGCCAUUGACGGCGUGGGGGAGCUAAACAUAGAGGGAGAGAGAUCUUGGGUUCUCGCAAUUUGGGGGUAAUUCAAAUCUCCACUCCCCUAUGUCUAAACGCCUUGCCUCACCCUGUUCAUCUGCAUCUGUUGCAUCAGCAUCUCCCUUGAGGUGAGCCGGAGGAGGGUUUCCGAUUUCCGUUCCCCGACUUUACCGAACGUGAAGCGACGGCGGGCUGCGCAACAAACGUUUAGAUGUUCCCAGAGGAGAGGAUGAAGGUAGCGGGAGGGGUCUCGCUCUCUUCUCCUCCCUUUCCCCUUGCCUGAGCCCUUCAAUAUUUCUUUCUCUCGAUCGUCAGACACCCACAUAGAAAGCUCGAAGAAGAGAGAACCCAGAUAAAAGGAGGACGGAGGCAGCUUUCUCCGAGCCUCGGGCGGGCAGCUUUCUUGGGGAUUUUCGUGGAGGGACUAGUGAGGACUGCCGUGGUGUCUUUCUAGCUCCGACGGACUUAAUAUAAAUAGUAAAUGGGAUCAGCAAUGACAAUAAUGGUAUAAUUUCCCUCCAAGUGAUUGCGGUAAGGGAAGGGUGAGAGGGGGGCGGGGGAAGGAGGCGUCUGACCCAAUCACAUUACUCGAAACUUGA